AACCAACGUCCGCCGUUAACUGACGGCCGACGUCAAAAUAUUUAUAAAAUAAAAAAAAAAAAGCUUUAUUAAGAAGAAGUGGAAGGAAUGAGCUGCAGAGUCCAACAGGUGACGGAGCCAAAAACCUGCCGUUGCACGCUACGUUCUCUCGUUUCGGCUCUUUGUAACGCUUUCGAUAACGACGUGUCUUCUUCUUCUUCUUCUUCGUCUUCACUUUCAGUUUCAGUUUCGUUUGUAUGAUUUAUUCUCUCUCUUCCUCUGCAACGUUUCUCUCUCUCUUCAUUUCUUGGCAUUGACAAAGGAGGAGAGAGAAUCAAUGCCGUUUUAGUCAGAAGCUUACGCGAUUCGCUGUCUUCUCUUAUUGCUAUCAUAUUCCUCUUUCACCGAUUUUUUUUUAUUAUUAUUAUUGGAUCGAAUUCUGAAUCUGGAUUUUUAUGGCUUCAUUCUGCGAAUGUGGUUGGUUUGACGCAAUUUGGCUCGGAUUGAUGAUGAUCGGGUUUUGAUAAUUCGAGAUUCGUUUCGAACCAGUCGUGGUGUGCCGGAUUUUUGUCGUAUUCAAUUGUACUCGGUUAGAUUAAAUCUUGAUGUAAUCGGCGAUCCUAAUUUUAACCUACAUUAGAUACAAUGCCAGGAGAAGUAGUUUUUGCUCAAGAAGAUGAAAAGUCUAGGACUUUUGAAAUUGAGACAUCUGAAGAUGAGAGGAGGAGGUCUCGUGGCAGUGGCAGAUCUCUUAAGAAAAAGACUAUGAAUGCUUCCAUGAAAUUGACUCAGACCCUUAGAAAGCGCGGUAAAAAAGUCGCAAAUUGUCGGUACGCUUCAAUUUCAAUUGAAGAUGUUCGAGAUUCGGAGGAAGAAGAAGCUGUGAAUGCGUUUCGCGAGACGCUGCUUACAAAAGACCUGCUCCCAUCACGUUUUGAUGAUUACCACACAAUGCUGAGAUUUCUGAGGGCAAGGAAGUUUGACAUUGACAAAACUGUCCAUAUGUGGGUGGACAUGCUUAACUGGAGGGAAGAGUACGGAGUAGAUUCUAUUGUAAAGGAUUUUGUAUAUGACGAGUAUGAAGAAGUUCAGCGAUUCUAUCCUCAUGGUUACCAUGGUAUAGACAAGGGGGGACGACCUGUUUAUAUUGAAAGACUAGGCAAAAUUGAACCAAGCAAGUUAAUGAAUGUCACCACAGUAGACCGAUUUUUGAAAUAUCAUGUCCAGGGUUUUGAGAAAGCUUUUAGAGAGAGAUUUCCUGCUUGUUCUGUUGCAGCUAAAAGACAUAUAGAUUCUUCAACAACAAUACUAGAUGUCCAUGGGCUGAACUGGGUCAGCUUUGGUAAGCUUGCCCAUGAUCUUGUCAUGCGCAUGCAAAAAAUUGAUGGUGACAACUACCCUGAGACAUUACAUCAGAUGUUCAUAGUCAAUGCUGGCGGUGGAUUCAAACUGCUAUGGAAUACCGCAAAAAGCUUUCUUGAUCCAAAGACUACUGCAAAGAUACAUGUUUUAGGAAACAGAUUCCGAAACAGGUUGCUUGAGGUUAUUGACUCAAGCCAACUUCCGGAUUUCCUGGGAGGAACAUGCUCGUGUCCAAAUAAUGGUGGGUGUCUUAGAUCUGACAAAGGACCUUGGAAUGAUCCAGAUAUUAUGAAGCUGGUACACAUUGGAGAAACAAUGUAUAUAAGAAAAAUUAUAGGAUCGUCUGAUGGUGAAGAUCUGAGUAUCAAGUUGCUGCCUUCUAAGGUUUCCAAUGGUGAAAUAAUAUCUUCUUCCAGGUUGGGAGCGGACAUGAGUUCAAGUGCAUAUGGCAUUAGGCAACCAAUGCUUCUUCCUAAUAAAGAAAGGAUGAGUGACUCCACAUCUGUAAGCAGGCCAGUUGAAACAGGAAACACUUCUGCAAGUACCGAAGUUGCUGGUCCAAGUUCGACAAAUGAUUCGAUGACUAAUGUUGCCCCAAGAAGGCCACUGGAGAAUUUCGCUUCCUAUGCAGCAAGUUCUGCAUUUCACUUCAUAGUCCAUGUAUUAACAUGUAUAUAUUUAAUUUUCCCAAAGCUGGGAAGAAUAUUUACAUUACAACAACCAGAGAGACAGUUAGAUAUCCCAAGCCCAACACCAUCAUUUGCAGAUUCAAGUGCUCAGGAGCGGGCCACUGCACAGGCUAUAGAAGUGGAUCCACUCUGGCAGAGGCUGCAGCAGCUGGAAACUGUUGUCACCGAGCUUAUUAACAAACCUAAUAGAAUACCUCAAGAGAAAGAGGAUAUGCUUGAUGAAUCACUGAGUCGAAUUAGAUCGAUAGAAUACGACUUACAAAAGACGAAAAGAGCACUACUUGCAACGGCAUCAAAGCAAGUGGAACUUGCUGAGUCACUGGAAGGCUUUCAAGAAGACAGCUUCACUGGAAGAAGCUCUUGUUGGCCGAGAAAUAAUUGCAAGUCUCAUUGUGCGGACCAAGGAGGAAGAUGAACACAAUAACCCUAAGACACAACACAAAUGAGAUGUGAAAUGACUGAGCCAAGUUAAAUAAAGGAUUGUCAUUUAGGUUCUUAUAUAGAUUUUUUUAGAUGGGGAUUUUGGCUUGUUAUAUAAAAGCUGAAAAUAGUUAUUUACCUAAUACCAAACAGAAGAACUUGUUCAGAGGAUGGUUUCCUUUAUCUUGAAGAUUGGCGCACCGAGUGUGACUCACAAAGCUCAAUAUCCUUCCAUUUUGAUGUACAUAUACAAUAAUGUUUUCUUUUUUCUUUUUGUUUCUUUUGAACAUACAUAACAUGCAACUUUACCUUGCAUGCAUUUGAAUACCAAUAGAAAGUUGACAAAAAGCAGAAUUUUGUUGAAUUUUUUUCAUUCAUUUUCUAAUGGAUAUGUAAUUUGGGUACAAUGGAUUUUUGUUUUAGGAGUGAAACUUUAAACUACACAAGUUAAAGAAAGAAAUUUCUUUAAGAGUGA